GGAAAUAUCAUUUAUUGAUCGGAGAUAUCAUUCGCGUUACAACGGCAGUUACAUAUCACACGAAAGAACGUCGCCGCGGCCGCAGCCGCAUUUUCGCGACGGAGGCGCGAAGCGACGUCACCCGACGAGCGGAAUAUCGCGCUUCUCAUUUCGCAGUCCGAGUGAUCGGAAAAGUGCAGGUCGGCCGUCGCGAUCAUCAUCGGUAAGUCAUUCGUUCCUCAAGUUGCAAUCGAAUGGCCGCACGCGCCGAACGCGGCGCGUGGCGCGCGCAUGCGCACUCCGGCGCGACUCCGCAUAUACCGCACCAGCCAGUCGACGGAGUCUUCGACACUCGGUGGCACUCGUUGACGUGAAUCUUACCAGACACCGUUCGACGGCGGCGCACCGUUCUCCAUCCUCGUGUCUUUGCAUCGUAUUACGCGCAAGGGGGCAAAGUGCCCUCCUCUCCGCUGUCCGCUGACCGACGAGCGUGCGAGAACCACUCUUGGACGGCGAGUUUUCCCGCUUGACGGUUCGACCGGCCACGCCGAGCGAAAGAGUUAAUGUGUAACAACGACGACACGCUGCGAGAUGAAGCUUACACGCAACUGCCUCAGCGGCAUCGCCAAGAUGUUGGACUUUUAUUCACAGUUCAAUCCUUCGCCGCUCUCGAUCAAGCAGUUCUUCGAUUUCGGUAUAAGUGCCUGCGAAAGGAAGUCCUUUAUAUUUCUGAGGAAGGAGUUGCCGGUUAGACUCGCCAACAUUAUGAAGGAAAUUCACUUGCUGCCGGAUAAUCUACUGAAGAUGCCUAGCGUGGGUAUCGUGAAUAAUUUGUACGCCACAUCUUUUGAGGAGAUUAUACACUUUGAAAAAGUAGAGAUCAACGACGAUAAUUUGUACAAGUUCUGUCAGGCUCUGAUAAAGAUUCGGAAUAGACACACCGACGUCGUUCAAACGAUGGCACAAGGCGUCUUGGAGCUAAAGGAAUCCCACGACGUGGAUGUUCAGACCGAGAAUAGCAUUCAAUAUUUCCUCGAUAGAUUUUUCAUGUCGCGCAUUUCCAUUCGUAUGCUGAUCAAUCAGCAUACGCUCCUUUUCGGUGGAAUAAAUGGGCAUAAUAGACACGUAGGAUGUAUAGACCCGUCCUGUGACGUGAUAGGCGUCAUUAAAGACGCCUAUGAGAACGCACGAUUUUUAUGCGAUCAAUAUUAUAUGGCUAGCCCGGAACUGAUAAUCAAGCAAUAUAAUGAGCUUGAACGCAGUAGUGAAAUUAGGAUAAUUUAUGUGCCGAGUCAUUUAUAUCAUAUGCUAUUCGAGCUGUUCAAGAAUAGCAUGCGAGCUGUGAUGGAGCACCAUGGAGAGGACUCGGACAAUUAUCCAGCGGUGGAGGUCAUGUUGGUGCGCGGUAAAGAGGAUAUUUGUGUGAAGAUAUCAGACAGGGGUGGCGGGAUACCUCGCUCGCAAACGGACCAUUUAUUUAAGUACAUGUACAGCACCGCUCCACAACCGAGUAGAUCGGACGCGCAUACAGUGCCGCUUGCAGGUUACGGUUACGGACUUCCAUUGUCGAGACUGUACGCUAGGUAUUUGCACGGCGAUAUUGUUUUACUCAGUUGUGAAGGCUACGGAACAGACGCUAUUAUUUAUUUAAAGGCCUUGUCCACUGAGGCGAACGAGUUGUUACCAAUAUUCAACAAAACUUCGUCGAAAUUCUAUCGCACACCGAUACCUAUUGCGGAUUGGAGCAGUCAGUGCGGUGGAGGAAUGGCCACUAGGCAACUCAGUAUGAGUCACGUUCAAAGCCACAGACUCCCUCACGGGAUGCAAGGUAGUCACAGCUAGCAGAGCGCGAUCGAUACGGACCAGGAGACGAUAGA